AUGAGUUCCCCUAUUAUUUUUGUGACUGGAACAGACACUGAUGUCGGAAAAACGUUUGUUAGCGCCUUACUAGUUCAAAAAUGGGAAGCGAAUUACUGGAAGCCCGUUCAGACUGGCCUGGAAUCUGAUGUUGGUGACACAGCAACCAUAGAACAGCUAUGUGCUGGCCAAAGACACGAGCCGCAUAUCUUUGAGCCAAGAUACGCACUGCAAAAGCCAUUAAGCCCUUUGGCAGCCAUGGAGUACGAACCAACUGUGGACAUACAGCUAUCCGAUUUUCACAUACCGGGGCAAAAUACAGACUGUCCUUUAGUUAUUGAAGGGGCCGGUGGAGUCUACGUACCUCUAACGAAAGAACUUCACAUAACGACGGAUCUCAUAAAACAUCUGAUUGGAUCUACAAACAGGCCUGUCAAAAUCGUUGUUGUUGGAAGAAGUGGUCUAGGGACACUCAACCACAUGCUGCUUACGCUCGAACACUUGUGUGCUGCUAAUCUCGAAAACCAUAUCUUGGGCUGUAUCCUAAACGGUAAAAGGAACCCUGGAAAUGUCAAGGUUUUGCAGCGGUAUGGAAGAAGAAUCAUAGCAGAAGUCGAUCAUUGUUCUACAGACGAAGACUUCGUUACUGCCCUUGAUGGCAUUCCUAAUUUAGCCACAUUUUCGUAA